AAGGAAACAGAAUUCCCCAAAUUUAUUGGCGCAAUGAGAUUUGUAAAGCCUUUGUCAACCCUUCCUGGACUCCACUCAAUUCCUGUACGAUUUGUGGCAAUUCUUGAUCCACCUGUCCCGGCUUCUGACCUUAUUGUCCAGAAGCUGAUGAAAAUCACCGGAUUUUCUAACGAAGAUUCGAAAAUCCAGACUACUACCACAAACCCAAGCUCUGAUGCACUCUCAUUAGAAGAACUACUAGUUACUGACAUCAAAAAGACAACAGAUCAAUCCAGUACAGAGCAAGAAAGUAUAUUCAAGACCAAUGGAAAACUGAGACUGAGUGUGGAUAGUAGUAAAGAGCAGGUCUACAAAUGGGCAGGAUCUCAAAAAACAUCUGGAAAACUUAUUGACCGGAUACCUUUCAAUCAUCCUGUUCAAUUAUUUAACAUCAUUCAGUGCCUUCGCCAACAGCAAAUGUACAAUACUCUGUUUCAAAGCAUAUUCUAUCAAACAUCCCACAAAUAUACAGUUUUACCCACCAGCAAUCAACACACAUUGUCUCUUGACGAAAUCCUUCAAGAAGGUUCUGCAGAUACUUGCUUACACAUUGAAGUUACGUCUAUCAACAAUCCUCAUACACUCCACCUCACACUGUCUCUACCACCUACUCAUCCAUUGUCACCACUUGUAUUGAUUCCAUUGGCUAUCAGCAUUCCAAUUGAUACACCCACACGUCCUGUAGUCCGCUUAGACCAGCACGAUCCUUUAUCUGGAACUCAAACCAAUCAAGCCAUAGGCUGGAAUACGUUUGUAUUUGAUGAAGACAAGAUGACCCGGGUAAUACAGACUGGAUACAGUAUUCCACUUCUUAUUCGAUGGCUGUGGAACCGAAUUGAAUCGAAUCAAAACAAUUUGAAGACCAAGGAAGAACUCAGUUUGAAGAGACCAUGCGAAGAUUCAUUGUUAUGGAAAGAGGAAAAGUACAUGAAGAUGGAUAUAAGCGGUUAAAUCUCUCUAUAUUUAUUCCUCUCUCUCUCUCUCUCUCCUUUUCGUUCGUUUGUUGUGUGUGUAUAUGUGUAGAGAGAGAGAGAGUUUGAGCUACAGAGAGAAUUUCUAAAUUUUGGAGGUAUUUUUUUUAAAAUAACAAUAACAAUAAUAUAGUAUAGUGCAAUGUGAUAUAAUGUAAUAUAAUACAAUACAAUAAUAAUAUAGCGGCAGAUUUUAUGGCAAAUACCAAUAUAGAAUCAU